GUUUGCUGAAAACGUAAACGCCAAAUUGGAUUGAAAGCGGAUUUUUUUCUACCUGAAAAACUAUUCGGUAAAUUCAGUUGUAGUUAAAACGACGUAAUAAACGUGUUCGAAUUAUUUUUGAAGUUAUGUGACUGAGUGCUCAUCUUUAAAAUCUAAUUUACUGUAAAAUAGUGGACAAUGGCUCUUCCAAACGAAUCCCAGAGACCUUUUCGUCUUUACGUUACCCAUGUCGAUGGUGAGGCACAUUUCCUGAAAAUAAGUGGGCAACUCGAUCAAGAGGCUUCGCUAAUGAUAGAGAGCUUAUUCGAAAACGCUCGCGAAAACUUAGAACAAGGCAUAGGAGCUGCUCCGCCUGCGGCAAUACAAGAAGGUGUAAUUUGUGCCGCCAAAUACAAAGACGGGUCCUAUUACAGAGCCAAAAUCAUCAACACCUCUAACCUAGCCAAUGGACUGGUCGGCGUCCAGUUCAUCGAUUACGGCAAUAAAAAUGUUAUAUCACUUAGUACCAUACGAUUGUUAGAUAACUAUGACCCAAUGUUUCUAAAACUACAUGGCCAAGCCACAGAUUAUUAUUUAUCCCGUGUCAUUAGUCCGUCUGGAAAAUGGGACGAGCCUAUAAUUCUUAAGCUUCAAGGUCUUCUCUGCUACUCCGAAUAUCCAGCAACUAUUGACGCUCAAACUAGAACCUUACCGAUUAUUUCGAUUCAGUAUAAAGGAAACGAUCUUUCGACCCAUCUAGUGUCCAAUAGAAUCGGUGUCGCUUUGCCGGUGCCGAAACAAGAGGUAAUACUACUCCAAAUGACGGAAAACCACCACAGAAUCGCUUGGACUCCACCGGUGACUACCGAAGCUCCACCAUACUACCCUGAGCAUGUCCCGUUUUUGAUCAACCAGAACUUUCCAAAUCCAGCAUCGGCUAUGAGGAUGACACAAAAUGUUCCAGUGUCUUUUAAUGGUGCUCCAAUACAUGCACCUUCCAAUAUAAGCCAGAGACUUCUAGUGAACAAGGUGUCCCGGAAUGCUGUGAAUUUGAGAGCACCUGAACGUCAACCUCACAUCCAUACUCCAAUGUCUCCCCAAAUUCAACCUGCUCCUCCUUCCCCUAAGAAGUCUGCCACUUAUAAAAGUAGGAACUUAGAGGUGAACACCGAGCACAAAGUUUAUGUAUCUUAUGCCGAAGAAGGUCCUGAACUAUUUGCUGUGCAGCUGGUGGUUGAUGCUGCAAAAUUGCAGGACAUGAUGGACGACAUAAACAGGAGACCACACAGCAGUCUCGCCGAGCCACCGAUGAUUGGCACUGUGUGCCUCGGCCGGAUGUCCGGUGACCGCAUUAUAUGCAGAGCUAUAGUCACCAACUUAUCGGGUUCCCAGUGCAAAUUAUUCUUUGUGGAUUUCGGUGACACCGAAAUGGUAUCCUACUAUGAUAUAUUUGAUAUACCAGAGGAAUUUGUGAAGCCCCACGUACUUGCUAUAAGAUUUUGUUUGUCAAAAGUAAAGAAAUUGAACAAGGGCCCCCAUCUGAAUGAGGUCUUCAAGCAACUAGUAGAUGGGAAGGUCCUCACUUUGAAGGUUGUGCCACCAGAGGGUCCACCAUUGAUCCAGUACGGGGAACUAUAUUUGGACAAUCAAAAUGUACUUGACAUACUGUUAGCCAACAUGAAGGACAAUUUACAAUUUAAAUGGAUAGAGAUGUUGCCCAAAGGCAGCAAGAAAUCAGUAUUAGUAUCCUAUGUUGACAGCUGUGUAAAAUUCUAUGUCCAGUUGUCCGAGAACAUUGAUGCUUUGAAUGCCGUCAUGGAUGCUGUCAAGUCUCACUGCAAGAACAGCAACUCACCUGGUCAACUUCCCGUGGGUUCGGUGUGCUGUGCCCGGUUUCCUGAUGACGAUGAGUGGUACCGAGCCAUGGUGAGGGUUUCCAAAGGGAACCAAGUGACCGUGGUUUAUGUAGACUAUGGUAAUGAACAGGAAGUCAAUGUGUCCGACCUGAGGACAAUUACACCAGAUCUGAUAAAACUACCAGCUCAAUCGAUAAAAUGUGCAUUAAAAGGGUUUGAAAAUAAACCAAUUGAGAAGCAAAAUUCGAAUCAGCUGGAGAUGUUGGCUCUGGAAAAGACAUUGAUGGCUCAUAUUGAUGGACAUCUAACCAGCGACACGAUGCUGGUGACUUUGAUUGAUGACACAACCACUCCUCCUCUAGAUGUGGCCAAACGCAUGGUGCAGUUGUCCCAACCCAGGAGUAACUUGGAGAGCAAAGCCCCACCUAUGCGUAAAGAGUCCCAGGAGAACUUCAGCUCACCGGAGAGUGUGGUCUCCGAUGAGGGUAGAAGAGGCUACCGACGAGAGAAGAGCUUCAAAGACGAUCGACGUGACGACGAGUUCGGUCAGCGCGGUGGCAGCUUCCGUAGUAGGGAAUCGAAAGAUGGCUUCGAAAGAUCGGGAGCGGGCCGUCACAGCGACAAGAGACAGGACAGAGGCGAUCGACGCAAACCACGGGACAGCGCUUCGGGUGAUGAUUGGGAGGAGUCCGCAGCGCCCUCUGUGAGACAGAAUAGAGACAACAGAAAAAAGCCCAAAGACCAACCGGAGAAAGGUAAAAAUUGGAAAAAGGAUUUGGGCGGAGUCGGCAAACGGUUGAAACAGGCGGCCGAGGCUGCGCAUGCGCACGCAAAUUCGUCUCACGCGCACGCAAAUGCGACGCAAACGAAUGCGUCCGCGCCCGCAAAUGCAAAGACCUCAGUGCAGGACCGACUCAAACGCGAUAAUAGAGGCAAAAACCCGUACUGGGGAAACAAUCAGAACGAAGCCAAUGGCGAGGAAGAGAGGCGAGAUAAUUGGGGCAACAAAAAGGAGAAUUGGGGCGAAAAGAAGGAGAGAUGGGGCGAUAAGAAGGAGAGCUGGGGUGAGAAGAAGGAGAGUUGGGGGGAAAAGAAGGAGGGCUGGGGUGAAAAGAAAGAAAGUUGGGGCGACAGAGGUAGGGGAGAUAAGGAGGGUUGGAACCAAAACAGGGAGUUCCGCGACAAUAGAAGCGAUCGGGGUGGACGAAGUGACAGAGGAGGGAGAGGUGGCCGAAGCGACAGGGGCGGUAGAGGCGGCAGAAGCAACAUGAACCCGCGGGAUAGAGCAGACAGAUCCGACAGAUCCUACGGGAGUGAUGGAGACAAUAGAUCCGAGAGGAGUUUCAAGUCCGAAGGCAGCAGGGGGCGCGGCAGAGGCGGGAGACCCUACCGACCCCGAUCUCCGCAGUUCAAAGAACUCCCAAACCCCGUCCCAUUGGACACCCCAUUCCCAGAAGCGACCGUAGAGAUCGGGUCCCAACAGGAGGUGUCGGUCACCUGGAUUGUGUCCCCCGAAAACUUCCACACGCAAAUCCUAUCUUUGCAAUCGAAAUUCCUCGAAAUGAUGCACACUAUACCGGAGUUGUACAAGGGCGUUAGAUCGUACACGGGCCCUAUCCAAGUCGGCAACUCGGUUUUGGCCAGAUACCCAUCUGACGGAGUGCUAUACCGAGCGACCAUUGUAUCCGUCCAACCCUUCUCCAAGUUCAUCGUCAGAUACAUAGACUUUGGGAACAAGCAGCUGGUUGACGCCAAGGAUAUAUGGCAGCUUGAUAGCCAGUUGAUGGGGUUACCCAAGAUGGCUGUGCAUUGCUCUUUACUCGGAGUAGCCCCAGUGGACGGAGAAUGGAAAGCCAACCCGGAUAUUGAUCUGUGCUUCAACGCUCCCAGAUACCAGUGUGUGUUCCAAGACUGUGUAGAAGAUCAAUAUAAGGUGUACCUCUGGAAUAAUGGUGUCAGUGUAGCCGAUACAUUAGUCGAGAAGAAUCUAGCCGUCUCCGCUGAUAACCAGGCAGCAGUUACUUUGAAAGACGAGCCGAUAGAUCUAACGAUCAUAGUGGGACAACAAAUCAACUGCCGAGUGACCCAUGUGGAAUCUUUCGAGAAGUUCUACGUACAACUGGACUUGGAUAAGGCGGCACUGGUCGAAAACUCCAUGGCCGAGUAUGAUGCUAGCAAGCUACAACAAAUACCGACUGAGAGUUUAGCCUCUGGUUUGGACUGUACUGUCAAGUACGAUGGCAAGCUGUACCGUGCGAUACUGAGCGAUGUAACCGACCAUACCGCCGUGCGAGCUGUGCUCCCCGACUAUGGCAGUGAGAUUACCACCGCUGCUGAAAACUUCAUGAUACUUCCUACUGAGCUCAGCGUCUACUACUACCAGUCUCUUGAGUGCUGCCUCAACAACUACAGCUCGGAGUCAGAGAAACUGAUGACGCUAGAUGAACUCAAACAGAAACUCAUCGGCAACAAGUUUAUCAUAUACAUCAAUUAUAUCGAUGGAAUCAGACUGGUAUCAACUUUAUACGAGCCGACUGGCGCUAAAGUCGCGAUCUUUACACCGGACGAGGGCGCAUACGACUCUGUUGUGCCGCUGUGUGCACGCGCAGUCUUCAACUAUACGCAUGGAGUGGUCUACGUGACUCAUGUCCAGAGUCUCUCCGAAGUUUACCUACAGAAGGCGGGAGACGAGGCCAAAUUGACUGAGAUGUUGGACACUCUGUAUAAAUAUUAUGAAGAAGGAACGCCCGAAGCAUUAACCAAUCCCGAAAUCGAAGGUCUGUGUACUGCCAAAUCUGCAGACGGUAAUUGGUAUCGCGCCACCAUCACUGGCUUAACCGACACCGAAGCCACUGUACAGUUCUCCGACUAUGGCAACUCGGAAACUAUACCGAGAGAAUCCUUGCGGGUGCUCGAUCCUAAGUUCUACGAACCGUGUGCUUUAGCGCUGGUCGCCAGCCUCGGUCUCACGGCCGUUAGAGACGAUGCCGUCGAGAAACUAAAGGAACUUACCACCGAAAAGGAAUUACAGGCCACCCUGGCCUUCGGAGAUGACUGUUGGCUUACCAACUUACAUCUAGAUGGGGUCGAUUUAUCCCUUCAACUCAUUAGCGAAAAGUACGCCGCGCCGCAGCUGGCCUCCGAGAAGGAAACCGUCGCAGAGGCCGCGGCCCCCGCCGUGGAACCGAUUUCGCUGCCGGAAGGAUGCACUCAAGUGUACAUCAGCCACAUCGACAGCCCCGGUCAAUUCUGGCUCCAGAUGGCCGAUAAAGUUAACGCCAUCGAGGAAAUACAGGCGGAACUCCAAGCAAACGCGAACAACUAUCCUGACGUCGACACGCGCGACUUGGGAACGAUAUGCGUCGCCAAAUACUCCGCCGACGAUCAGUGGUAUAGAGCAGAAAUUCUGGACUCCGACACCGAUAUUACGACCGUGCGCUUCAUAGAUUACGGCAACACCGACGUUUUGGACAACCAGCCGGAACUUAUUAAGUCCAUUCCCGACCAAUUCAAGGACGUAGAAAAGUACGCGAUUCGAGCUAGCGUCAACGCCAUCCCCACUGGCACCGGGCAGUGGUCGGAGCCGGCCUCCGAGUGCUUCACUCAGCUCGUCGGUGAUAUGUCGGCACCAGUAGAUGCUAUGAUCGUCCUCAAGGACGUAACGACCUACGUGGACAUUUACGUGAACGGCCAGAAUCUGACGGACAAACUGGUAUCGGAGGGGCACGCGACGCGAUCGGAGGAGGCGGAAUGCGGCGGAGACUUGCCCUCCUGCUUCGCCAGCCACGUCAAUUCCCCCUCGGAGUUCUGGAUCCAACUGGAAUCGGCGGCGCCGGAGCUCCAAGCCAUGGAAGCGGCCAUGGUCGACGCCGAAAACUUCCCCGCGCUAGACGAAAAGGAGGAGGGCGUCAUAUGCGCCGCCAAAUACCCCGAAGACGGAGCGUGGUAUCGAGCUCAAAUCAUAGUCGACGGCUCCGAAGGAACAGAGGUGCUAUUCAUGGACUACGGCAACGCGUCCAUAACGAACGAAUUACGCAAUAUGCCCGAGGAGCUAAAGACGAAACCCGCUCUGUCCAGGAAAUGUGCCUUACAAAAGCCCCGCGACAUAAAGUCGUGGUCGAGAAAGUCUGAAGUGAAAUUCAACGAGCUCGCUGCGGAGGGUGCUACUAUUUUUAAUGUACAGUUUAUUGCCGCCGGAGAUAUAUCGAUCGUCGAACUUUACUUGGACGGAAGGUCCGUAACGGAGGAGUUGGUCGGGCUCUGUGAGGAGCUGCCGCCGACCGAGAGACCUACCCCAGUAGGUCAGGAUAUUCACAGCAGCGGAAAAAUAAGUUAUGUAAACGCCUUGGACGAGUUUUACAUUCAUUUGGAUGAUACAACCUCCAAUAUCGACCAAGUCACCCAGGCAUUAGCCAAUGCCGAGUCGUUUGAGCCGACGACGGAAUUAAAGGUGGGAUCCGUAUGCGCCGCCUUCUGGACCGAAGAUGAGCAGUGGUAUAGAGCUAAAAUUCUAGAAUUCUGUGAUGUAGGCUACCAUGUUCAGUUUAUUGAUUAUGGAAAUAAGGCUAAGUGCGAAGAUUUUAGGCAGCUCCCGGAAAAUCUUUCAGAAAUUGAACCACUAGCCAAGUGCUGUAGACUAGCCGGUUUUGUCGAUGACCCGUCAAAAGAAUCUGCAAAAUCUAAAAUGAAUGAUCUAGUGGAGGAGCUCGUGACAUUCCAAAUUGAAUUUCUAGAUAGUCUGAAGGAACCGUUCCUUGUUAAGUUACUUUUAAAUGACACAGACUUGAGUACAGUGUUAAAAGCGGAAGUCUUAGAUGCUAAUAGUGAACCUCACAAUGAAGAGAAUGGUAACGAUGAGUCUGAAAUUUUAAAUACUAGUUUGGACAGUGCGAAGACAGUCGUCGAAAAUAGCUCAUUUAAAGAAGAGACCAGUAUUGUAAAAGAUCUUGAAGUGAGCGAAAAUCGCGACACAAAUCUAGAAACGGAUACUAAAGAAUUAGAUACUACACCAGAAACAGACGCUACUAAAGUAGAUGUAGAACAAGAAAAAUUAAAUACGUCAAGUAGCGACGUCGCUUCAAAAGCAGAAAUCGUAUCAAAGAGUGACGGAAAAGAUAUUGACAAAGAUGACACGACCGAAAAUAAAACUAAUAAAGAAAAUAAUAUAAAAACACCCGAAACUAAUGCUAAGGAAGUUGAAAAUAAAGAAAUAUCGGAGACUAAGGCUAGUGAAGAUAAUAUUAUGAUAACACCAGAUACUAAAACAAAUGAAGAUGAUAUUCCGAAACCUUUAGACACGACAGCUAAAGAUACGUUUAGUGAUUCGUUAAAUACCGAUACGAGUGAAACAUUAUCACCUGACAAAGAAAUAGAAAUUGAAAAUAAAGAAAUAUCGGAAACUAAAGCUAGUGAAGAUAAUAUAAAGAUAACACCAGACACUAAACCGAAUGAAGAUGAUAUUCCGAAACCUUUAGACACGGCAGCUAAAGAUGAGUCUAGUGAUUCAUUAAAUACCGACACAGGGUAUACGAGUGAACCGUUAUCACCUGACAAAGAAACAGAACCCAAAACAAGUAAGAAAGAAAUGUCACCAGAUAAAGGAAUAGAAAUAGAAAGUAAGGAGACUUCUCCAAACAACACAGUAGAGAUAAACGAAGAGAAAACGACGUCAGAAGCAAAUACUAAUGAUGCUAUUAAAUCCCAGUAGUGUAAAUACAAAUAUAUAUCUUCUACAUACCUAGUGUUAAAACUUGUGAUAUAUUUUGAAAUUCUUUGUGCUUUUUAUGUUUAAGACAUUUAUAAUCUCACUACUUUUCA